AUCUUACUUAUAUAAAAAUAAAAAAUAAAUAAAUAAGAAGGAAAAAGGAUUUAGGAACCAUCAACUGUUUGAUAAAAGAAAUCUAGAACUAAGUGAUUUUUCACAAUUUCUACUUUGCCUUCAUUGGAAUAGAAACUUGGGAUAGUGUCAAAUAGUUUGCAUAUGUCAUGCGUGGCAUCAUUGAUCAGCUUGUAAAAUGCAAGGUUUUCUACUAGUAAGCCGUAUUAUACAAGUUUCUUGAGCAUAGACUAGACUUUACUCUGCAAGUUUCACAUGAUUGUUCUGCUUGUCUUCACUUUUAAACUAGGACUUUUCCUAGAAGUUUCCUCAGUGGCAUACGAUACAGUUUGCGGUCCCAGUAACCAAACAGUUGCAUAAAAACUACAAGAAGUCAAAAUUCUUCUUUAGUUCUUGGUAUUUUCCAUUUCAGAGAAUAUUUCUUGUAUUUUGCAAUGAUGAAGUAGACAAGUAGUUUCACAUGCUGGACCUUAGUAGCUGCAUUUGAGUCUAUGUUAUAUAUUUGAUCUAAUCUUGAAUCCAGAACAUUGUAGUUUUUGCAUGAGUCCAAGUUAAGACAAGCUAAACUCAUUCCUUAAAACUGAUAUGCAUAAUUUAGAUGUUGAGAACCUUCCUAACUGGUUUGGAUUUCCUAAUUCCUUGAUUGACCUCCAUCUUGGUGAUAAACAGUUAUUAUUCAGCUCUCCUGAACAUGCAAAGCAUAAGAAUUUCCGUUUUGAGGCAUGUUAGGGUGAGUGGAUCAGCUGAAAGUUGGUUGUUAGCUGAGAAACAGAAUGUGCUCAAGCGACUAAGCCGCCAGAUGUGCUCAUCAACAGUAACUUGUCCUGAUCAAAUAAUGGAUCGAGUGAUUGGACUGGUUAAGAAAUUUGAUAAAAUUGAUGCCUCUAAGGUUACUGAAACAGCGGAUUUUCAGAAAGACUUAAGCCUGGACAGUUUAGACAGGGUAGAACUCGUAAUGGCUUUUGAGCAAGAAUUCUCCCUUGAUAUCCCUGACGAGAAAGCUGAUAAGCUAACUUGCUGUGCUGAUGUUGCAAAGUACAUUGUUUCUGGAGCUGAGCAAAAGGUUGUGGAGGAGUCCUGAUUGGUUUUUAAAUUUGUAAUGCAUUCAAGAUUUUACUGGUGGGUGCAUCUGCCAUGUUUUCUUCCCAUUAAUAAGUCUUGGGUGCAAAAUUUCUCUGGUUGGUUUACAUUGAUGUUUCUUUAGAAAUGUAAUGAUUGCAGAAAAUCUAGAAACUCUUUAUUCUCAAGUAAUUCUCUUAUUGAUUC